GGCGGAAGCGGAGGUGGUUGUGGCUCCGAACGCCGUGGAUACCACCGCCUGCUCCUGCUGCUGCUCCUGCUGCUGCUGCUGCUGCUCCUGCUGCUGCUGAGGCGGUGGCGGCGCUGCUCACCCCGGGCCGCUCGGCCUCUGCGCUAGCUCCCCAGUCUCCCCCGAGCCCGCCGGGGCCCGCGCCUGCCCUAUGAGUGUGUCACUGGUUGUCAUCCGACUGGAGCUCGCGGAACACUCGCCGGUCCCCGCCGACUUCGGCUUCAACGCCGCGGCUGGGGAGAUGUCUGAUGAGGAUAUCAAAAAGAAGACCCUUGCUUCAGCUGUUGCCUGUUUAGAUGGGAAGUCACCAGGGGAGAAAGCAGCAGUCAUCCACCAGCACCUCGGCCGCCGGGAAAUGACAGAUGUGAUCAUUGAGACCAUGAAAGCCAACCCAGAUGAGCUAAAAGACACCAUGGAAGAAAAGCAGUCUCCAGCAGCAUCCGUCAGUGUGCAGAGAAGUAGAGGUCAGAAUGAAGGCAUAAACAUAGCUCCAGAUUCUCCAUCCAAACAGCUUCCAGACCAGAUCUCGUUCUUCAGUGGAAACCCUUCAGUUGAAAUAGUUCAUGGUAUUAUGCACCUGUACAAGACAAAUAAGAUGACCUCCUUAAAAGAAGAUGUGAGGCGCAGUGCCAUGCUGUGUAUUCUCACAGUCCCUGCUACAAUGACCAGUCAUGACCUUAUGAAGUUUGUCGCCCCAUUUAAUGAAGUAAUUGAACAAAUGAAAAUCAUCAGAGACUCUACUCCAAAUCAAUAUAUGGUGCUGAUAAAGUUUAGUGCACAGGCUGAUGCCGAUAGUUUUUAUAUGGCGUGUAAUGGCCGCCAGUUCAACUCAAUUGAAGAUGAUGUUUGCCAGCUGGUCUAUGUGGAAAGGGCUGAAGUGCUGAAAUCUGAAGAUGGUGCCAGCCUCCCUGUGAUGGACCUGACUGAGCUCCCCAAGUGCACAGUGUGUCUGGAGCGCAUGGACGAGUCUGUCAAUGGCAUCCUGACCACAUUGUGUAACCACAGCUUCCACAGCCAGUGUCUGCAGCGCUGGGACGACACGACGUGUCCUGUUUGCCGGUACUGUCAGACCCCAGAGCCAGUAGAAGAAAACAAGUGUUUUGAGUGUGGUGUUCAGGAAAACCUUUGGAUUUGUUUAAUAUGUGGCCACAUAGGAUGCGGACGGUACGUGAGUCGGCAUGCUUAUAAGCACUUUGAGGAGACACAGCACACCUAUGCCAUGCAGCUCACCAACCAUCGUGUCUGGGACUAUGCUGGAGAUAACUAUGUCCAUCGGCUAGUUGCAAGUAAGACAGAUGGAAAAAUUGUACAAUAUGAAUGCGAGGGUGACACUUGCCAGGAAGAGAAAAUAGAUUCCUUACAGUUGGAGUAUUCAUAUUUACUAACAAGCCAGCUGGAAUCUCAGCGAAUCUACUGGGAAAACAAGAUAGUUCGGAUUGAGAAGGAUACAGCGGAGGAAAUUAACAACAUGAAGACCAAAUUUAAGGAAACAAUUGAGAAGUGUGAUACUCUAGAACACAAGCUGAAUGAUCUCCUGAAGGAAAAACAGUCAAUGGAAAGGAAGUGUACUCAGCUGAACACUAAAGUGGCUAAACUCACCACUGAACUCCAGGAGGAGCAGGAAAUGAACAAGUGCUUGCGAGCCAACCAGGUCCUCCUGCAGAACAAGCUGAAGGAGGAGGAGAGGCUACUAAAGGAGACCUGUGACCAGAAGGAUCUCAAGAUCACUGAGAUCCAGGAGCAGCUGCGAGAUGUCAUGUUCUACCUGGAGGCACAGCAGCAGAUCAACCACCUGCCUGCUGAGACCCGGCAGGAGAUCCAGGAGGGGCAGAUCAACAUUGCCAUGGCCUCUGCCUCCAGCCCCUCCUCCUCCGUAGGGAGUGGGAAGCUGCCCUCCAGGAAGGGCCGUAGCAAGAGGGGCAAGUGACCUGAGCUCCAUGUCCCAGAGACUGCCCCUGGCACUACAGGGUGUGGGAGAACCUUUGCUGAGUGGGAGGGCAGGCCCUAAUAAGUAGGGAAUGAGGAUAAACCAUGAUCGUUGGCUCCUUCGUUUGCUAGCGUGUGAUGCUGGGAGGGUGGCUUUGGCAGUAUUUCCAAAGGUGGUGAGUGACCCGGGCCUCAGAUACCUAAUGGCCGUUUUGCCUUCCUGUUUGGUAGACCCCAGCCUUUCUGGGUGUUUUUCCGUUGUAUUUAUUCAGUUGGAGUUCAGUUUUGAGGUUCAGUUCUGAGGUAGAUGUACAACAUGAAGAUUUUUGUGGCCUCAAGGGCAAUGUUACCUAGCACAAAAGCAUAGAGCCUCCCAGAGGUUCCAGCAGCUGUUUUCCAGAAAGACUCCUGCUGGCUUCUUAGGAGCUAGGAAAAUUCCCCAGCAUUAGUCUCACAUUGUUGCCAUCCCUUCCUUACCCUGGGGAGUUGAAGAAUCGUUUGAAUGUUAUGUGAAGAGAGACUGGGUUGUAAACCAGGCACUGGCUUGUCCCCAGCAGCGUCUCAUCUUGCUUUAGGGCCAGCCAGGAAAAAUAAACAACCCACAGCAGAUUGAGUAGACCCAGUAUGGGGAAAAAUGGUAGCAGUUCCAAUUUGUUUGUCUUUGGUGACUCUGUACGGAUUGUGCCUAUCAAAUAAGAAAGGAAUUAAUGGCUACCUCCCCAGUCAUAUCUCUGAGAGUAUGUCCUACAACUAGCAAGAGUUUUGGAGGGCUUGCCACCAUGAGAAAAACAUAGAGCAAGCCUCUGACUAACUAAUUGUGUAUUUUGCUGGGAUCAGUAUUUUCUGAAUGUUUACAGAAGGCCGAGCUGUAUGUUCACGUUGCAGCUAGAGGGAGCCUGGGCAGGUUUUCAAUUUUGCUUUCAAGAUAAAACUAAAAGCUGUUUCUCAAUCCAGAAAUUGGAAUUUCAACAGAGCCCCUUUAAAACAGCUAUGUAAUGCUUGUUGUGGGUCAACAGAAGGACUGUGUGCUUUUUUCUAGAGUGGAGAAUGUCAAUGAUUUGUAACAUGCAGUACUUGAGCAAAAUUAAAAUGAGGCCUGUGUUGGAAUUUAGUUUCUAGAAGAGGUAGCUGUCCAAGUUAACACAGCAUUCUGCUAAAUGGUGGUUUUCUUUUCUGCUUUAUAAUUAGCCAAAGGUUUGAAACGAUCACAUUUCAGGAUUGCUUUUUCAGGCUGUGAUUGGACCUUAUCCUUUGACCUGAAUGUCUUAACAUGUUACUUGUUAACACAUUACCUGUGUUGCUCAUCACCAUCCAGCUCUGUGGAAUGUGCUACAUUUCCCAAAAUCCUCACCUAUAACUUAGCAAAAUGAAUGUACUCAGACACUCUUGAUUUUUACUUAGGCGGACCUACCCUUCAGGUCCUCCUCGGACUAAAAUCCACAAAUACCCUAAAGCAAGCGUGGGAAUGUAAAGCAGAAUCUGAUUCUCUGUCUUAUAGAGAUUCUAUUUUAUUUAAAAUAUAUUUUUACACUAGUUAGAAUCCUGUUUUGGCCAAGUACUUGUGUUGCAUGUGUGACCUUGCACAAGCUGAGGUGUAUGGAGCAUACUAAUUAAGAGAUUAGAAGUAGUUCACAAAGCUUGCUUCUCUUCAUCUCAUUACUAUCGCCUCCACCAAGCAGCCCUGCCACCAACUGGGAGAGCAGUGUUUUCAGCACAGGUGGGAUAAAUGUUUUUGAAAGCUGUGCCCAGAGGAAUGAACAAAGAGGUGAAGGUUUCCAAACUACUUGAAGGUCUUAAAAAUGUUCCAGGAAAAGAAAAUCAGGAUCUGUAAAUAAAACAUUAUUUUAAAAGAAA